GCCAGGGACAGGACCCAUGGGGCUCCUGAGGGCCUGUGAGCCCCAGGAAUGUGGGGAUUAACUCCGGAUUGGGCGCCGGAGGCGGAUCUAGACGAGGCACCGCGCACAGAAGGAGCCCGGUCGGGAUCAGCCAGCCCGGGCUGGGCAGGAUCCGGGUUCCCGGGCGGAGGCGGAGCUGCGCAGGGAGGCUCCAAGGAGGAGCCGCGGCCGAGCGGCCAUCGCAGCCUGGACCGCGGCCCCGCUGCUGAGCUGAGCCCGAUGGCCUUCCGCUUCAUGCACCGCCUGCGGCACGCCCUGGCUGGAGAGGGCGACCUGGAGGGACAGGGCGGAGGCGGCUCAGAGGUGGAGGAAUUCCCAGAGAGCUCCGAACUGGAGGAUGACACUGACGGGCUGUCCACGCGGCUCAGCGGCACCCUGAGCUUCACCAGUAACGAGGAGGAGGAGGAGGCAGAGAAUGAGGAGGCCGCUAGCCAGGAGCUGGGGGAUCUGGGUGAGCUGGGGCUGCCCAAGAACCCUGGAGCCAUGGAGAAUGGAGAUCCGAGCCCCGCUCCAGCUGAGCGCCAGGGCAGUAACCUCCUGACACGCCAGCUCCAGGACUUCUGGAGGAGAUCGCGCAGCAGCUUCGUUCCCCAGCGGCUGCUCUUCGAGGUCACCAGCACCAGCGUGGUCAGUGAGCGCUCCUCCAAAUAUGUGCUCUACACCAUCUACCUGAUCCGCUCCGGCCAGUUCGACAAGGCCCCUGCUGCCAUUGCCCGGCGCUACUCGGACUUUGAGAAACUGAACCGGCGCCUGCGCCACCGGUUUGGCUGCGACAUGGCGGGCGUCUCCUUCCCCAGGAAGAGGCUGCGCAGGAACUUCACGGCAGAAACCAUUGCCAAGCGGAGCCGGGCCUUUGAGCAGUUCCUGUCCCACCUGUACUCCAUCGCCGAGAUCCGCCGCUCCUCCGACUUCCUGGAGUUCUUCUUCCUGCGCGACCUGCAGGCAGCGCAGCGCCUCACCUGCACCGGCAUGUACGGCGAGGCCCUGGCCACCUGGAGCAACGCCUACCGGCUCCAGGACAAGCUGGGCGUCUACGGCUCGGGCCGCUUCCUCCUCACUCUGGCUGGCCUGGUGGUUUGCCACCAGGAGCUGGAUGAGCCGAGUGAGGCUCAUCGCUACUGCGAGCGGGCGCUGGUGCUCCUGGAGGCCCAGGACAGCCACCCCUUGCUGGAGCCCUUCCUUCAGGCCCACAUCCACCUGUCCUGGAAGGUGGGGAAAGACAAGCGCCAGUCCGAGGCCAGGCUGCAGGGGCUGCAAGGAACGGGGCUGGCUCUGCAGCAGCAGCCCACCCUGAAGGAGUUCUUGAUCAAGGAGGCUUUGGACUGAGUGCCCAGACCCCCAGCACUGGGGCUGUGUGGGGACUGAGCAGCGUGGGUCUCAAGGAAGGAGGCUGCAUUGUGCAGUGGGACUGGAAGAGCAGCAGGGAUGGGGUGUGUCUCAAGCCUAGGCCUAGAGGGGGAGCUGCAGGUCGGGCUGUGUCUGGAAGGCGCAGCGGGGAGAGCAGGACGCUGGUGGAGGGGUGGGGUGGGGUCCUGGACUGGCCCAGCACCUGCCUGUCCUGGGAGCUGGUCUCUGUACUGCUGACCUGUUCUCUUGGCAACAGCUCGACUCCCAGGGCUGGGCACGCAGCCUCCCUGCUGCCAGGCCGAUUCCCCGCAGCCCUUAGGGGAGGGAGCCGCUGGAACUCGCCAGGCCAUCCUGAUACUGUACUAAAGGGAUUCGCUGGCUCCAGGCAGAGUCUGGGGCUCUCGUUGGGAACUUCUAACAAUACUUGAAGACGUGGUAGGAAAAGGGGCCGAGACCCCCCAGAGCGGGUUCAGAUUAGCCCUCCCCAGCCCCACUGCAAGGAGGCAGCUCUCCAGCCUGGCCCAGGGCAGCAGUGGGGGCUGGGAGGAGAGAUUCCCCAGGGUGCCCCCCUCCCCGUGCCUUGCACUUUGGCUGAGAAGUGAAGACACCCAGUCUUUCUCCUCCUCCCCCUCCCCCUCUGCCAGGCCUUGCCGUGCUAGGCUACUGGGACUCCCCGGGGCCCCUCGUGGGCCUGCGGCUGGGGCGGGAGAACCGAGAAAGGGAAGCGGCAAGGGCUCUGGCUGCACCAGGGAAGAAAGCUGCUGCAGAGACUCCCUGCAGCCUGAGCUCCAGCCCCUCUGGGUCUCCGCCCUCCUCCAGUCCCCCUGGGCGCCCCCUUCGGCAUAGGUCAUGGCCACCCCAGGGUGCGGCUGCAGGCAGAGGUAUCAACGCCGUGGAGGGGCUGAGUCUUGGUGGGCCAUGGAGGCUUUAUUAGGGGUAGGUGGGGGAGGCUGAGGACAGCAUCUGACAGGAGACUCUGUAACUAACAGUCAAUAAAGCUGAUAUUCCCGCGG